AACUUAUCGCACUCUCACAUCUUACUAAUAUAAGAAGUAAAUCGAAUGAGGGUUAGUUCAGAAGGUGCGUUUUUAUGUCACCUAACAAGACUUAUUAAGAUGAAAUUGCUAGUGUUGUUAUUGAUUGCCUCUGUAUGCGCAGGACGACGCGCAGGUUUUAGUAAAAGAGGAAGUCACCACUACACAGGAUCAUGUAGCUUCAAUCUACCAUGUGACGUUAAAGACAAUUCGCUUUAUGCAUCUGUUGUAUUCAAGCGUCCAGCUUAUGUACAAAUGGACCAACCUUUCGGGAUUGUAAAGAAGGAACUAGACAGUAGGAUGUAUAUGUUUAAAAACAACGACAGAAUUUCGGAGGGAAACGUAGAUGUUCCAUUCACUGCUACACACAGAGGUUCAAUUAAUUAUGAUUGUGAUAUAAUUUAUUACGAUUGUGAUGAUUCUCCAAUGCCCGCAACACCUACCGAUACUGAUAGUAUGCGCUCUACUACAAUUGUACCUCUAGACGGAUCUGACAAAGAUGUACAAAACGUUGUAGCAGCUGAUAUUUCUUCGCUACCAGAGGUACCAUCAGGAUCUUUAUCAUCAAAUGCACCCUUGACAAUGCCUCCUGCACUAGAUACAUCUAGUAAGAAACUAUAUGGAACCUCAACACCAAUAGACACCGCAAGGCCUAUUAUUUCUUCUAAUAAUCAAUUACAACCUAAGCCAACAUCAAAACCAAUUAGCUUACCCACAGGAUCUUCUGCAAAUAUAAAAACACCUUCCGAAGGAAAAUACGGAGGAAUAAAAUCAACGGAAGAACCCAUUGAAGAAUUAAACAAUAAAAAUGACAAAGACUUUGAUUCUCUUGUAGAUACACUCAAAUUAGCUUCAACAAACAUCGCUACAGUGACUUCUUCGUCAUCAAACAAUCCAAUUAAACCAACAAUAAAAAAUUCUUUACCAAAUAAAUCUGAAUCCGUCACGAAAGCUUUGCCACCUUUGUCAACUGAGACGGCGACAAAGCCUUCUCCAACAGCAAAACAAACAGACAUGCCACCAAUGGUGCAUUCGAAAACAUCAGACAUGCCACCGGUUAAGCCUUCGAAAACAUCAGAAAUGCCACCAAUGAAGCCGUCGAAAACACCAGAGAAGCCACCAAUGGAGCCUUUGAAAACAUCAGACAUGCCACCAAUGGAGCCUACGAAGACAUCAGAUAUGCCAACAAUGAAGCCUUCUAAAACAUCAGACAUGCCAACAAUCAAGCCUUCUAAAACAUCAGUCAUGUCACCAAUGAAGCCUACGAAGACAUCAGACAUGCCAACAAUGAAGCCUUCUAAAACACCAGACAUGCCAACAAUGAAGCCUUCUAAAACAUCAGACAUGCCACCAAUGGAGCCUUUGAAAACAUCAGACAAGCCACCAAUGAAACCUACAAAGACACCAGACAUACCAACAAUGAAGCCUUCUAAAACACCAGACAUGCCACUAACGAAGCCUUCUAAAACAACAGGCAUGCCAAAAAUGAAACCUACGAAGACAUCAGACAUACCAUCCAUGAAGCCUACACAAACACCAAAGAAUCCACCAAUGGAGCCUUUAAAAACAUCAGACAUGCCACCAAAGAAGCCGUCGAAAACAUCAGACAUGCCAACAAUGAAGCCUUCUAAAACAUCAGACAUGCCAACAAUGAAGCCUUCUAAAACAUCAGUCAUGUCACCAAUGAAGCCUACGAAGACAUCAGACAUGCCAACAAUGAAGCCUUCUAAAACACCAGACAUGCCAACAAUGAAGCCUUCUAAAACAUCAGACAUGCCAACAAUGAAGCCUUCUAAAACAACAGUCAUGCCUCCAAUGAAGCCUACAAAGACAUCAGACAUGCCACAACUGAAGCCUACGAAAACAUCAGAGAAGCCACAAAAGAAGCCUUUGAAAACAUCAGUCAUGCCACAAAUGAAACCUACGAAGACAUCAGACAUACUAUCCAUGAAGCCUACAAAAACACCAAAGAAUCCACCAAUGGUGCUUUUGAAAACAUCAGACAUGCCACCAAAGAGGCCAUCGAAAACAUCAGACAUGCCACCAAUGAAAGCGUCAAAAACACCAGGAAAGCUGUCGAAAACCCCAGAAAUGCCACCAAUGAAACCGUCGAAAACCUCAGACAUGCCACCAACGAAGCCGUCGAAAACACAAGAAAAGCCUUUUAAUACAUCAGACAAGCCACCAAUGAAAACAAACAUUUCGAUUAAACCAACCACUAAAAUUGUUUUACCAACUAAAUCUGAAUCUGCAACGAUAGCGAUGACGCCAUUGUCAACUGAGACUUCGUCAAAAACUUCUCCAACAUCAAAACCAACAGACAUGUCACCAAUUGGACAUUCUAAAACAAAUAUUUCAAUUAAACCAACAACAAAAAUAUCUUUACCAGCUAAAUCCGAAUCCGCCACGAAAGCGAUGCCACUAAUGUCAACUGCAUAUCUAAUAAAAUCUUCUUCGACAGAAGCCCCCAACCUCAAAAGCUUGAAAAAACGCUUACUUCGACUAUUAGAAAGAAGAUAUAUCGACCUUCAAUCGGAAGAAGAAGUAUUAAGAAAUCUGUCUGAAAACAACAAUAAAACUUAAGCAAGGAUAGAACUAUAUCUUAAUACACUACGGAAGGAUACCACGUUUCAUAUUUACUCAUAUUUAGAACAAAACCGAUCUUUUGGUUUAAUCUAAAAAAAACUCAAGUGAGAAUUUUUAAAUGGUGUUUAUCACACGAAUACAAAAUAAACAAGUAAUCCUGUGUUAGGAUGCUAACACAAAAGUCACCAAAACGGACCCCAAAUCAUUGUUCUACGGUAUCCAUGACGCCACAUAACCUGUGUGUAAAGUUUCAUUAAAUUUAAAGGAUUUUGAUAUAUUUCACAUUUUUGCCGUUUCCAUGGUUACGGCGGCCAUUUUGGUAAUUUUAGAGUAAAAAAUUAUGUCUACAUUUGGUAGGCAACAUUUGUUUUCAGUUUCAUCAAUUUUUAAGCAUCUUGAAAUGUUUUGACAUUUUUGCUGUUUCCAUGGCAACGGCGGCCAUCAGUUUGAAAAUUCGAAACUCAAAAGUCAAGUCUACAUAAGCUAGGUAACAUUUGUUAUAAGUGUACGGAGUAAUACAGUUAAAUUUAUUGUAUAGUAAAAUAUUUGAAAUAGAAUUUUGAAACCAAUAUUAAAGACUUAAAUUCA